AUGGAUUCGUACACGGUAGCUCAACUAACGCACAUUCUCAGUGAAGAAGCCCAAAUGAUAUCAGAUGAACUUAAAAAUAACCCUCAAAAUAUGAGUCCAGAUAUCAUCGCCGCAAAACUAGAUGGAUUGGUCUUACGAAUGAAACAAGAACUUCGUAAUAAGGGACCCGAUACAACAGCGUAUGAAUUCCCCAUCUAUCAAAAUUCUCAUCGUGCGUCAUAUAUCUAUCCAGAUUCAACUACCAAUUAUCUAUAUGAUAAACGGUAUAACGAAGCUGCUUAUCCAUCCGUUCGACAAACUCAACCGAAACUUUCAUUGAUAGAUUCUAAGUCGAAACCGUUAGCAAAAGUGAAGUCGAUCUCAUCGACGUUGUCAUCAUAUCCACCAGCAAACAGACCAGCGGUCGACUGGCGUUUCGUGACUCCGUACGCAACUUAUCGUGAUAUACCCAGAAAAUCUAUCGAUGAGCACUCGAGUAUUAUUUCUGAUUCAAUACAUUAUUUACCUAAGGAAAAAAAGUCGCGUUCAUACUCCAUUUCUCAUUCAACCGCGAAUCAAGAUUCGAAACCUUUACGUAAUUCUAAAUCGCAAAAGAUUGUCGUUACUGUCAUCAACGAGCAUUCAUCGAAAACAGCGACUAGUCCCGAAAAACAAGACAUUGAACCGGCUCGCACGAAAUCACAAAAAUCGAUUCUGAAAACGAACGCCAGCGAAAAGAACAAAGGAAAUGUUACAUUGAACACUGUACGAACGAUACGAAAUACUGUAACAGGACUCGAAACCGUUGAGGAUAUAUUCGAAGAUAUGACCGAUGAUAAUAAACCUCAACGAUCUCGAACAAGACCAAGACGUGAACGUGUAACUAUAAUCGAUCGACGUGAUUCUAAAUCAUCCGAGAGAAAACAUAGUAAGUCGAGAAAAGAACGAUUACGACCAUCCAAAACUCAUCCGGCUACAAGUUCCAUCGUUCCCGUCAGAGCUAUUUCCGACUAUAUCAUUCAGCCACCACCUUAUUUCAGUCCUCCACCGCCCGUCACAUAUCCGGAACAGAAAUCCUAUCCCGCUAUACAACGUUUCAGUUAUCCUAUAUCACCUCAGUUCACCAAUGCAAAUACUUUUUAUCCAUUUAUAUACUAUCAGUAUUAA